CAAAAAAGAUGAUCUUUGGUUCAACAUACACACUUGCACAAAAUGGCUACCCAUAACAUUGUUGUCUUUGGAGGAGACCACUGUGGUCCGGAGGUAAGUACCAUAGCUUCCAAUCAAAGGAAUAAUUUGUUCUAACAAAGAAUAGGUCAUUGCAGAGGCUGUCAAGGUACAAUUGAGCUUGUAUGCUGAUGGCGGGGUGAAGUCACUAAUUGAAUGUACAGAUCUUGAAGGUCAUUGAGGGAAAGAGACCAAGCGUUGGCACAUUCAACUUCCAAAACCAUCUCCUCGGCGGUGUGAGUAUUUCUGAAAAUUAUACAACUUUUUCAAUGAAUCCAGAUCGAGUUCCUUUUCUAAUCACUCCCUAGUGUUCAAUUGACGCAACCGGAGAACCUCUCACAUCCGAAGCUCUCGAAGCUGCAAAAGCCGCAGAUGCAGUCCUCCUCGGUGCAAUUGGAGGUCCGAAAUGGGGAACAGGCAAGGUCAGACCAGAACAAGGUAUCCUCGCUCUGCGAAAACAGAUGGGCACAUAUGGAAACCUUCGACCAUGCAGUUUCGCAUCCGAAUCUCUCGUCGACAUUUCCCCACUUAAGGCUGAUGUCUGCCGAGGUACCAACUUCAACAUCAUCCGAGAGUUGACUGGUGGAAUAUACUUUGGAGAGCGGAAAGAAGACGAUGGUGACGGAAUUGCCUGGGAUACCGAACCAUACACUCGUCCGGAAAUUGAGCGAAUUACUAGACUUGGGGCACAUCUCGCAUUACAACACAACCCCCCAUUGAAGGUUUGGAGUUUGGAUAAGGCAAAUGUUUUGGCUACCAGCAGGCUCUGGCGUAAGGUCGUUUCUGGGGUUAUGGCGAAGGAAUUCCCGCAAUUGGAAAUCGGUCACCAUUUGAUUGAUAGUGCCGCUAUGCUGAUGGUCAAGAAUCCAAGAGCUCUAAAUGGUAUUGUAAUUACCAGCAAUUUGUUUGGAGAUAUUAUCAGUGAUGAGGCGAGCAUGAUUCCUGGUAGUAUUGGUUUGUCACCAAGUGCAAGUUUGUCUGGUCUACCAGAUGGAAAUGGAAAGUGCAAUGGUAUCUACGAGCCAAUUCACGGUAAGUUUUUUAGCCUCAUUAGUAUUAUUUCUUGUCUAACAGCUACAUCAGGAUCUGCACCAGACAUUUCAGGACAAGGAAUUGUCAACCCUGUCGGUACAAUCCUUUCCGUUGCAAUGAUGCUGCAAUACUCGCUUCAGCUUCCAAAAGAAGCCAAAGCUGUUGAGGACGCGGUCAGAAAUACUAUUGAGAACGGUGUCCGAACCAGGGACAUUGGAGGAAGCAAUUCUACAACCGAGGUUGGAGAUGCAGUGGCUGCUGAGCUAGUCAAAAUCCUCGCUACUCUUGGUUAGAUAAUUACUUGUUUCAAGUCUCAUAUCUGGAUCAUACGUUUUGGAUUUUUACGUUUGUAUCUGCAUGAUAUUAGGUAGCUUGAUUUAUACAAAGAGUAUUAAUGCAAGGUUUUAGUAACCAAGAAUUUCAUCUCCUGAAUUGCUGU